CCUCCGCCGCCAUUCCAAGAGGCUUCUCUCCUCCCACGCCCGUCGCCUGCUAAUUAAGGUCUCGGCUAAUCGCUCGUCAGCCGCGGGCCGACAUCGGCUGCCCACGAGAUCUCUAGAGCCACCCGCCGGCUGGACCCCUCGCCUGGAGGGAGCCGAUUCCAAGGGUAAGAAAGAUGUUGACAGCAGAGCAUAUUACAACCAAGCUCAAGCUAGUAGGCGAGGAGGACACAGGAUGGUUGAUUGGAAACCAAAAUGGUUGUGAAAAAGGAGACCCGGUGCCAGGAUCCAUCUGUUCUGAAAUUGCAUCUGAAGCUGGAACUGGUAACAGGAGUAAACCUGCUGAUAGUUCCUCAAGUGAACUCAACCAGUAUUUGUUUAGAGUAAUACUCCAUCAAUGUGUUGUCUCCCUUGCUUCAUUCAUUGAAGGCACCAUGUUAUUCAGCUGUACAGGCAUGUUCAUCCCGCCUGAGUCAGAUGAUGAUCCUACAAGUAUUCUUACUUCAGCAAGUUUGAUUAGAUCUUCUGUCGAUGAAAGCAAGAUAAUUGAUAACUUGACAGUUGCAACUCUUGAUUCCAGUUGUCAGUUGCAAUCUGAGUCCAACAUUAAGGCCAUAGCUGUGGGGCGGUGUUUCAACUCAGGCAUGUUAACAGCAACAAGUAUGAUAGAGAUUUCCAGACUACGUGAUGAACUUGACAUGGCAUUUCUUGGAGGUCCCGUUCUUGGUUCUAAAUGUGGGAGGAUUGCUGGGAUGACCUGUCAUGGAGGCAAAAUGGCUGUACUUCUACCACUGGACAAAAUUAUUGAAUGUUUGAAGCGUCUUGGAAUUAUGACUGGCAGUAUUAAAGGGGGCAAUGGUACUAAAACACCCAAAUUUCCAAUAAACCGCAACUUUUAUGGCCCGUCUCCAAGACGUGGUGGGUUCUCGGAAUUGAUUUGGUGCAAGUCGUUUGAAGAGAAAUUUGAGGGUGAUAUCUGGAGCGAACUCAGCAAAGAACUUCCUUCAGCUUUGUCUGAAUGUGUUGUUGCGCUUGCAUCAUUUGAUGAGGAUGGAAUGCAUUUUGCUUGCACAGGCAUAUUUAUAGACCGUUACCCUGCAAGAAUUCUGACUUCAGCAAGUCUAGUUAGAAAUUAUCACAACAAAAGCAAGAUUGAUGAUAACUUGAAGAUUGAAGUCUGCCUUCAAAAUAAAAGCCGUGUGAUAGCGACACUGAAGCACUAUGAUUUGUGUUAUAAUGUUGCUGUUGUUGAAAUGAUAUGUUUCCGCAGUCCUUAUGCAAUAGAACUUAAGAAAGCUAUUCGUUUGACCUCGGGCAUUGAUGUAGUGGCUGUAGGAUGUUGCUUCAAAGGUUGCAAGUUAAUGGCUACAAAGGGGGUGUUGGUUGAUGGACUAAGCAAACUGGAUUGCAGAGCUCUUGGUGUCUCCACAUGUAAAAUCACCAAGGCUGGGAUUGGAGGACCUCUUAUUGAUAAUUGUCGGAAUUUUAUUGGCAUGAAUUUUUAUGACAAAGAAGAAACUCCAUUCCUACCAAGGGAACAAAUCCAGGAGGUCUUGAGGCAAUUCGAUUCAGAAGAGCAUAAUGCUGCUAAGACUAUCGACAGAGGUGAUCCAUACAGAUGGCCUGUGCCCGAUCCAGCUAGAUAUUGAUAUUAGCGUUCACAUCUUCUGAAGUGGGGUGUUUUGUGGAGAGGCAGGGUUGUAAUUAAUUAGUAUUUGGCUGGCCUACUGGUUUUUUACUUGUGCCCUCUAUUCCAAAAGUUUUGGACUUUAUACAUACUAAAUUUGACCCCAUCCUUGCUGAUACAUGCAUGUGAAUGGUACCAUCGAGUGGUAAAUUUGACCCAUGCUUUGGAGUAAUUUAUGUCAAUUCCUGAUUGAUACAUGGAAUUAUACCAACCUUUAGGCCCUUCUUCGGAGCACUGGACCCUGUAAUUUUUUAUUUAACACAGAUGAC